CCCCCGCCGCUGCCGCCAGCCGACCACGGUGCCUGUUGCUGCCGCCGCCGCCGCCGUGGGACCCGCGGGGUCCUCCGCCCGGAGGACGAGGAGAGGCGGGAGCCAGCGGAGCGGUGCCGCGCCGGGAGGCGGGAAGACAGCGUAGCCGCCGCGCACCACGGAUGCCCCGCUCGCCCCGGCGCUCCCCAGGAUGCCCCCGAGCUCCUGCGCGCCCUGCCCGGGCCCGGGGCUCUGAGCGCGCGCACCCCCAGCACAGUAGCAACUUUGGCAGCGUCUCCGGUACGCGCAACGCCGCUUUCUGUGGGCACAUCCUGUACCAGUCAUUUUGAAAGCCUGCUUCAUUGCUUCUAGCAGCUUCCUCCUCGUCUGUGUGGACGUGAGACCUCAAACUUCGCCCCGCAUGGCUGUUCGCUUUUCUUUUAGAGAGGAUUCUGCAUCAAAAGCGUGCAGAAUAGAUUGUUCAUUUGGAUUGUUCAGCUGGUUGACACUACGAAUCCAGCAGCAAGGAUUUGCUGAGUCUCCAUUCCUUUUCCAAGAUGGAGCCCAUAACAUUCACAGCAAGGAAGCACACAUUUCCUAAUGAGGUCUCGGUGGACUUCGGCCUUCAGCUGGUAGGCUCUUUGCCUGUGCAUUCUCUCACCACCAUGCCCAUGCUGCCAUGGGUGGUGGCUGAGGUGCGAAGACUUAGUGGACAGGCCUCCAAAAAAGAGCCUGUCACUAAGCAAGUGCGACUUUGGGUUUCACCCUCUGGACUGAAAUGUGAACCUGACCCAGGGAGAAGUCAACAAUGGGACCCACUGAUCUGCUCCAGCAUCUUUGAGUGCAAGCCCCAGCGUGUGCACAAACUGAUUCAUAAUAGUCAUGACCCCAGUUAUUUUGCUUGUCUCAUUAAGGAAGAUGCUGCGCACCGGCAGAGUAUCUGCUAUGUCUUCAAAGCCGACGAUCAGACUAAAGUGCCUGAGAUCAUCAGCUCCAUCCGACAGGCCGGCAAGAUCGCCCGCCAGGAGGAGCUGCGCUGCCCCUCGGAGUUCGACGACACCUUCGCCAAGAAGUUCGAGGUGCUCUUCUGCGGCCGUGUGACCGUGGCCCACAAGAAGGCCCCGCCAGCCCUGAUCGACGAGUGCAUCGAGAAGUUCAACCACGUGAGCUGCAGCCGGAGGGCAGACUGGGAUGCGGCCGCCCCUUCUGGGGAGCCGGGGCCCGGGGAGCCCCGCAGGCCCAUGCGCAAGUCCUUCUCGCAGCCCGGCCUGCGCUCCCUGGCCUUCCGGAAGGAGUUCCAGGACGCCAGCCGGCGGAGCAGCAGCUUCUUCAGCUCCUUCGAGGAAUGCGACAUCGAGAACCACCUCAUUAGUGGACACAAUAUUGUGCAGCCAACAGAUAUUGAGGAAAAUCGAACUAUGCUCUUCACGAUUGGCCAGUCUGAAGUUUACCUCAUCAGUCCUGACACCAAAAAAAUAGCAUUGGAGAAAAAUUUUAAGGAGAUAUCCUUUUGCUCUCAGGGUAUCAGACAUGUGGACCAUUUUGGGUUUAUCUGCCGGGAGUCUUCUGGUGGCGGUGGCUUUCAUUUCGUCUGUUACGUGUUCCAGUGUGCAAAUGAAGCGCUGGUUGACGAAAUCAUGAUGACUCUGAAGCAGGCUUUCACAGUGGCUGCGGUGCAGCAGACGGCAAAGGCACCAGCCCAGCUGUGUGAGGGCUGCCCUCUGCAAGGCCUGCACAAGCUCUGUGAGCGGAUUGAGGGAAUGAAUUCCUCUAAAACCAAAUUAGAACUUCAGAAGCACCUGACAACACUGACAAAUCAGGAACAGGCCACUAUUUUCGAGGAGGUUCAGAAAUUGAGACCAAGAAAUGAGCAGCGAGAGAAUGAAUUAAUUAUUUCUUUUCUGAGAUGUUUAUAUGAAGAGAAACAAAAAGAGCACAUCCACAUUGGAGAGAUGAAACAGAUUGCAGCAGAGAAUAUUGGAAGUGAAUUACCACCUAGUGCUACUCGUUUUAGGCUAGAUAUGCUGAAAAACAAAGCAAAGCGAUCUUUAACAGAAUCUUUAGAAAGUAUUUUAUCCCGGGGCAAUAAGGCCAGAGGCCUGCAGGAACAUUCCUCCAGUGUGGAUCUGGACAGCUCCAUGUCUAGCACAUUAAGUAACACUAGCAAGGAGCCAUCCAUGGGUGACAGGGAUGCCAUGCCUAAUUCUGAGAGCUCCUUCAAGCUUCUCAGCUCCUCGGAUGACCUGUCCAGUGACUCGGAGAGCCACCUCCCAGAAGAGCCUGCCCUGCUGUCACCCCAGCAGGCCUUCCGAAGACGAGCGAACACCCUGAGCCAUUUCCCAGUGGAGGGCCCGGAGUCUUCGGAGCCUGUGCAGAGAUCUCCAGGAGUCGCUCAAAGAAAACUUUUGAGGUAUCACUCCGUGAGCACAGAGACACCUCAUGAACGAAACGAGGACCAUCCUGUGGGCGAGUCUAAGCAUUGCUCAGGUCAGCCUUCAGCUCCUGCUCCUCCACCUCGUCUUAACCCCUCUGCCUCCUCGCCAAACUUUUUAAAGUACCUAAAGCAUAAUUCCAGUGGAGAGCAAGGUGGGAAUGCUGUGGCGAAGAGCAUCUCCUACCGUAAUGCCCUGCGGAAAAAACUUCAUUCUUCUUCCUCUGUGCCAAAUUUUCUAAAAUUUCUGGCUCCUGUAGAUGAAAAUAACACCUCUGACUUUAUGAACACAAAAAGGGACUAUGAAUCCAAAGCGAAUCACUUUGGUGACUCGGACACGACCCCUGUGAAGACCCGGCGGCAUUCAUGGCGCCAGCAGAUCUUCCUCCGCGUGGCCACACCACAGAAGGCCUGUGAUUCCCCCAGCAGAUAUGAUGAUUAUUCGGAGCUGGGAGAACUUCCCCCACGGUCUCCUUUAGAACCAGUAUGUGAAGAUGGACCAUUUGGCCCUGUACCAGAGGGAAAAAAAAGGACGUCACGUGAACUGCGAGAGCUCUGGAAAAAGGCUAUUCUGCAACAGAUACUCCUCCUAAGGAUGGAGAAAGAAAAUCAGAAGCUACAAGCCUCCGAGAAUGAUUUGCAAAAUAAGCGCCUAAAGCUUGAUUAUGAAGAAAUCACUCCUUGCCUAAAAGAAGUAACUACCAUAUGGGAAAAGAUGCUUAGCACUCCAGGAAGAUCAAAAAUUAAGUUUGACAUGGAAAAAAUGCACUCAGCUGUUGGGCAAGGUGUGCCACGUCAUCACCGUGGUGAAAUCUGGAAAUUUCUAGCUGAGCAGUUCCACCUUAAACACCCAUUUCCCAGUAAACAGCAGCCAAAGGAUGUGCCCUACAAAGAACUCUUAAAACAGCUCACCUCCCAGCAGCAUGCGAUUCUCAUCGACCUGGGGCGAACCUUUCCAACACAUCCAUACUUCUCUGCCCAGCUUGGAGCAGGGCAGCUGUCGCUUUACAACAUUCUGAAGGCCUACUCACUUCUGGACCAGGAAGUAGGAUACUGCCAAGGUCUCAGCUUUGUGGCUGGCAUUUUGCUUCUUCAUAUGAGUGAGGAAGAGGCAUUUAAAAUGCUCAAGUUUCUGAUGUUUGACAUGGGACUACGAAAACAGUAUCGGCCAGACAUGAUAAUUUUACAGAUCCAGAUGUACCAGCUCUCAAGGCUUCUUCAUGAUUACCACAGAGACCUCUACAAUCACCUGGAGGAGCACGAGAUCGGCCCCAGCCUCUAUGCUGCACCCUGGUUUCUCACUGUAUUUGCCUCGCAGUUCCCAUUGGGAUUUGUAGCCAGAGUCUUUGAUAUGAUCUUCCUUCAGGGAUCAGAAGUCAUAUUUAAAGUGGCUUUAAGUCUUCUGGGUAGCCAUAAGCCCUUGAUUCUACAGCAUGAAAACCUAGAGACCAUAGUGGACUUUAUAAAAAACACACUACCCAACCUGGGCUUGGUACAAAUGGAGAAGACCAUCAACCAGGUGUUUGAGAUGGAUAUUGCUAAACAGUUACAAGCUUAUGAGGUUGAGUACCAUGUGCUUCAAGAAGAACUUAUUGAUUCCUCUCCUCUCAGUGACAACCAAAGAAUGGAUAAAUUAGAGAAAACCAACAGCAGCUUACGCAAACAGAACCUUGACCUCCUAGAACAAUUGCAGGUGGCAAAUAGCAGAAUCCAAAGCCUUGAGGCCACAAUAGAGAAGCUGCUGAGCAAUGAAAGCAAGCUGAAGCAGGCCACGCUGGCUUUGGAGCUGGAGCGGUCUGCGCUGCUGCAGAUGGUAGAGGAGCUGCGGAGGCCACCUGCCCAGGCCAGCGAGGGCCCUGGAGCCUGACUGCACCCAGCCCAGAUCUGGAAAGAGACUACACACCAUCCCACCACUGUCCAGGCCUUAACCCAGACAGACACAUGCUGGAGGCAGACAAUGGGAAAGCGAAUUUCUCAGGGAGGAAACUAGUUCACCAAUGUGCAAAUUCUUUUGAGCUCACGCUUGCAAUUCAGAGGACAAAUGUCCCAGAGCUUUUAUUAUUAUUGUUGUUUUAGGUUAUGACUUGUCCCUUCUCACAAUCCUGAUUACCGUUCUAGUAGCUUUAGAUGGCAUGGACAUGAAUAAAGGCACCUUUAUGUUUCCUUGGUGUUUCCUUUUUCAGUGACACUGUGUUUGCAAAUAGCAUUCAUAUACUAGGAUUCCAGAAGCAGAAAGGUCUGAAGACAAAAAUGUAAAUCUGUCACUCUUCAAGAAAGAGCUUGUGUGACCACAUUUUCGUGUCAUUGAAGGAAGUACAUCUAGCCAUAAUCUGUCCAUUUUUUAUUUGUAAUUUUGUGCUAGUACUAGGGCUUGAAUUCAGGUCCUGUGUGCUGUUCCUUAGUUUUUUCAGUCAAGGCUCUACCACUUGAGCCUUGAGUGGACCUCACAAGCUUCACUUGGGGCUUUUUGGUGGUUAAUUGGAGAUAAGAGUCUUAAAGUCUGGGCUGGCUCAGAUCUCAGCCUCCUGAGUAAGUAGGAAUACAGGCAAGAGCCUCCAGUGCCGGGUGGUCUGUCCAUUCUUGAUAUGGAAACCUAAAAUGACUAUGGGAAGGAAAAAAGAUACAUUUAAAUUGGACAUCUUGAAUUAUUUAGCAAGUCUGACCACUGUUAUUAGUACUUUAAAAAAUCAGUCUUUAAAAAAAAUUAGUGUUUCCAUAUUUUUUUUGUUUAUCUUUAAAGUAUAGGUGAUCAGAGUCAUGACACAUAGUGUUUUGUAGGGAAAUCACCAGUUUUUAGAGUUCAUCAGGUAUUCCUAGUACAUGAUCUGCAAUUGUAGGGUCUCAGAUAUUUAUUUCUUUGUGAUGGUUUCAUGCGCACACUAGAGUCAUGUAUUUAUUUUUACCUGUUGUAUGAUGUGUUGCAGCCAUGUAUCCCUUUGAGUAUCAAUACUGUGGAGAUCUGAUCCCUUAUGGAAGGAUGAGGGUACGUCAAGAUUUUCAGGGGUGUCCCAAGGUUCUGGAUCUUUGAAAAGAGACCAGGCUGAAAUGGCAAUGAGAUAUAUAGCAACUGACAGUUUUUCAAAGGUAGGAGUGUGUUUUGAACAGAACUCAGAACACCAUGAUACUUCUCUCAGGAUGAUGAGGACCCUGUGCCUUUAAACAAAGAGCUGCUCCUGGUCACCUUGUGUUCAGCUAGUCAUUGUGUUAGGGGUUCUCCCAGUACUUAGAAGGGGCUGUUAGAGCUCUUAGAGAAGAACUGUGUGGCACAGGUGGCCUCCCAAACAGCAAAAUCAUUUCUGGUCCUUCUAAUCAUGACCCCUUCCAUUUCUCACAAGUCUCUUGACUCUCUUGGUGUUAGGUUUUCUUUUAAGCCUGAGAUAGAAGCAAGGGUCACCAUACUUGGAGUCACUGUAAUUUCUGAAUGGUGGGUGUGGUUUUAUACUGCCUGCUGCUUCUGGAUCAGAGGAGAGUGGUUCUAAAACAUGGCAAACCAGUUGCCUCUCUCACAAGUGGCUCCAUCAGAUGUAGCUUCAGGAGUUAACACUUGAGUUUGUCUUUCCAAAUCAAAUUUUACCAUUUGGAUAUUUGAUAAAUGUCAAGUUUGGGCCAUCUUAUUACUACAAUUCAAAAACAACUGCAUCAAGAAACAACAAAGCAAUAAAACAAACAAUUUAUGCCUA